AUGUUCAAAAGGCUCUUGAAUACUUUUUCUUAUCCCGUACUCACUCCUUCUACUUCUCAAAUGCCACUCGUCAAAGCAGCGUGUUUGAUCAUAGGCGAUGAGGUUCUAAAUGGUAAAAUCACCGACACCAACUCUCGGUUUUUCGCUCAAUAUUGUUACCGGUUGGGCAUCAAUCUUCGAGAAAUAGCGACGAUUGGUGAUCAGAAAGACCAAAUUUCCAGCUCGAUCAAACGUCUCAGCGCAGAAAAUGACCUUGUAAUUACCUCAGGCGGUAUCGGCCCCACACACGACGAUAUCACGUACGAAUCGAUCGCCAGUGCUUUCAAUCUGCAUUGCGAACUCAACAAGCAAUGCCAGGACCGAAUGCGGAAAAUCUCUAAGCCAGAACAGCGCUACGACUCCAACGCCCUCAAGGACUUUUACAGGAUGGCCACUUUGCCUGCGGGUCCCGAAGUGCACAGUUUUUACGUUUUGGAUGAGCUAUGGGUGCCCAUCGUAGCAAUCAGUCAAAAAGUGUACAUUUUGCCCGGAAUCCCGCAACUUUUUGAGAAACUGCUCAAUGCAUUUGAGCCAACGUUAAAACAGUUGUACAACGUCAAUGACAGAGACCCUCAUCUUUACGAACGAUAUUUCAUCAAGACCAAAAAAUCAGAAUCUGAGAUAUCGGCGUUCUUGCGUGAAUUGCAAUCGCGGUGUGUGGCGGUCUCUGGGGAGAUAAAAAUAGGGUCUUAUCCUCACUAUGGUAUGGGAUUCAAUACUGUUAGUAUCCUCGGUCUUAAAGAGCACACCAUAUUUCUCAAAGAGCUGGUAAAGGAGUCUAUCCAGAAGCUCGACGGGAAGCCCAUAACGGCUGAAGAGGAGCAACGGAUUUCCGAUUCAAGAUAG